AUGGCCCCCACGGCCUCGUCGGAGCCGCAAAGGCCGGUACUCCCAGAGUUGGUAGCGACUCCAGCACGAUCAAGAGUCUCCCUCGUUACGCUGGGAUACGGCGACAACCCUCCCGACCGAUUGACCGUGGCUGCCGCGAUCAGCCCGGAGACGCUGCCGCCGUCCCAAAAUACCCGCAGCCGAGACGGCAGAAAGCCGCAUCCCAAAUACUUCCUCUUCUGCUUCCCGUGGGUUAAGUCCCGCCGCGUCCGCUCCCAGGUCCUGACAUGCUUUGUCUCGGGCUUGUUCCUGGCCAUGCUCCUCGCCGUCUUUCCGUUAACGGCAAAAAUGAAACCCCGGGACCCAGAUCUAGGACUGGCUUUGACCAACCACAUUGCCCGCGGGGAGGUGACCAUCAUGAUCAUACUCAUCAUCCUCUCCGCCACCAUGUUCUUCUGCUACAGCGUCGUUCGGCUGUGCGUUAUGGUCUCGCGCGGCGACAGGGCGCGUCGACGCCGCCUGCCGGAGAUGAUGGGCUUGGGGGGCUACGUCGUGCCCCCCAAGCCCAUACCCGUUGUGUUGGCAAGAGACGAAGAGGCCGCCGGCAUCGAGAGCGAGACGGUCAACAGGAGGCCUCCUGCGUAUGGAUUAUGGAGAGAAAGCGUGCGUGUUGAUCCAAACCGGCUGUUCUGGCAACGCAAUGAGGCUGCAGAACCCGCACUACGGCGUCCGGAGACUGCCGCUAGUCCGAGGCCACCCUCGUAUGCCUCCGAUGAUGGCGUCUCCACCCUCAUGCUUCACCGCGAGUACUUCCCCUUCCUGCCGACCCCGGAGUCGGAGCCACGGGGUCCAGUCGACCAGCCCAUGCUGGGGGCGCCCGCCCCCGAGGGCUGGUGGGACGACAGCUCCCGACUCCUCUUCGGCGCGGCAGAGCACAUCGCCGCCAUUCUACACGAGGCCUCCGAGUGUGGCGUGCAUCUCAUGACGCCCUUUGCCGGGUUCUGCGCAUUCUCAGCCGGCUACCUCAACCUCUACGUGGCGAAAUACCCCCGAAUGAACCUGGGCCGCAGCCCGCGAGCAAGCGACUGUCUCAAAAUGUGUCUCGACUACCUGGAAAAGUUUCGACUUGUCUGGAAAAUCGCCGACGGAUGGGGCGGCACGCGCAAGAUCAAAACGAUACACCAUGCAUCCGUGCUCUACGAGCGAGCAACCGAGGACCGGACACGAUACCAGGGGCGCACACGAGCAGACUUUGAUACUCUACACCAGUCUGUCCACGAGUUCCGUGUCGUGGAUAGAUCCGACGCGCAUACUCGGGAGAUUCGGGGCGCGGAGCGGCCCUCGGCGCAGGCGACUUGGCCGGUUCAAGGGCACGAGCACGAGCACGAGCACGAGCACGAGCUCGACACUAAUACCUUGUUGAACCAGCUUUUCGCGGAAGUCAGCAAUAACCUCGACGAGCAGGGGGCCUGGUCUCAAUGGUGGCCGGCGAUUGAUCAGGUGGAUCUUUAA